UGGUUCCUGCUCAUGUUGAACAGAUGGUGCUGAUUAAAGAAGAAGCUCCUGAAGAAUGGAGGCCUGGUGUGGACCAGCUGGACCCAGAAGCCCUCAACAUAAAAGAAGAAGAAGAGGAGGAACCUUGGAGCAGACUGGAGGGAGAGCAGGUGAAUGUGAAGGAGGAGACUGAUGACAGCAUGUUUUCAGUCACUGCAGUUACCUUGAAGAGUGAAGAUGAUGAAGAUGAUGAAGAGAAGCCUCUGUUGUCACAGCUUCAUCAGCACCAAGUGGAGGACAGAGAUCUUCCAAGCAGCAGCUCAGCUGAUGGAGAGGACUGUGGAGGAGCAGAAACUAGCAGGAACCCAGAUCUACAGACUCACAAAGACCAUUCCAGCUCUUCAGAGACUGAACUCAGUGAGGAUUAUGAAGAGGACCAGGAUGUGGACGAUCAACACAACAACACAGUGUCUUGCAGUAAUGUUCAGACAGGCGACAAACUCUUUCUUUGUGAUGUUUGUGGACAAAAGUUUAGACAAAAGUCAAAUUUAAAAUCCCAUAUGAGAAUGCACACAGGAGACAAACCGUUUUCUUGUGAUGUUUGUGGACUCAGAUUUAGGCAAAAGGCAAAUUUAAACACGCACAUAAAAAGUCACACAGGAGACAAACCAUUUCCUUGUGAUGUCUGCGGACAAAAGUUUAGUUAUAAGUCAUUAUUAAUCGCCCAUGUAAGAAUGCACACAGGGGACAAACCGUUUUCUUGUGAUGUUUGUGAUCAAAGAUUUAGUCGAAAGUCCAAUUUAAACUCACACAUGAGAAUUCACACAGGACACAACCCAUUUCCCUGUGAUGUUUGUGGAGAAAGAUUCAGACAAAGGUCAUAUUUAAACUACCACAUGAGAAUCCACGCAGGAGACAAACCGUUUCCCUGUGAUGUUUGUGGACAAACGUUUAGACAAGGGUCACAUUUAAAAUCUCACAUGAGAAUGCACACUGGAGACAAACCGUUUCCCUGUGACGUUUGUGGACAAACAUUUAGACAAAGGUCACAUUUAAAAUCGCACAUAAGAGUCCACACUGGAGACAAACCAUUUCCUUGUGAUGUUUGUGGACGAAGGUUUAGUUUUAAGUCACAUUUAAUCAACCACGUAAGAAUCCACACAGGACACAAACCGUUUUCUUGUGAUGUUUGCGCACUAAGAUUUAGGCAAAAGGCGAAUUUAAACACGCACAUAAAAAGCCACACAGGAGACAAACCUUUUCCCUGUGAUGUUUGUGGACAAAGAUUUAGGCAAAAGGCGAAUUUAAACACGCACAUAAAAAGCCACACAGGAGAAAAACCAUUUCCCUGUGAUGUUUGUGGACAAAGGUUUAGACAAAGGUCACAUUUAAAGUCUCACAUGAGAAUUCACACAGGAGAAAAGUGUUCAGCUGUGAAAAACACAACAGCUCCUAAAGAUCCACAUGAGGUCACACAGAACUGAACACACACAGUUCCAGAGUUAAUUAAAGAGUUUAUGUAGUGAGAAAAUGUGAUCUCAAAUGUAACAGUUACUGUUCCACUGUGCUGCUUGAAAGUUUGUGAAGUGUUUCAGAUUUUUCUUUUGUUUUACCAUGACUCUCUUAUUUCGUUAUCACCAGUUAUUGAAUAUGAAAUGUCAGGUUUAUGUUCAUCGAUUCCAUUUACUUGUUUUGAGGAAAAUGCGAGUUGCAAGUGGACAACUUUAAACAUGUAAUCAGAGCAUCUGCAAAAGUAAAUGAACCACAGCUGCUGUAAAGUCACUUAGGUAAAAGACUCACAUGUGAGUGUUUAAGUAAUCAAUUAAGCUGACUAAUCAAAUGAGACAUCCUUGGGAAAAGUUUCGAGGCGCACUGCUUAAAAGGGAGAGGAAGCCAACGAAAACCACUGUUGUGUCAAGGCCUAAAGAACAGAAAAACAAUGCUGAGAGGAAAGGAGACGUCUGAGGACGUCAGGAAGACGGUGGCAGCCCAUCAGUCUGGGCAAAGCUACAAGACCAUCUCUAAAAGAUUUCAUCUUCAUCCAUUUUUCAGCCUACUUUUUACUUCUCACAUUUUUAAAAAAGGCAAGA